AUGUCUGCAACUCCCAUAGAAGAGCAUCAGAGCGGCUUGCCUCCUGUUCCGCGUCAAACGUCUCCGGGAAUAAUCCGCGAAAUGGAGACUGCCUGCGCCGUUGGUGACCUUCCGCGAUUCAAGUCAACCUUGGAAACCUGGACUUCUCUCGGUCUGGAUAUACACGAUCUUGACUCAGUAAUGAUGCAGGCUGUCAGACAGGAUCAGAUGGAUGUUGUCGUUGAAUUAUUGCACAAGGGGCUGUCAAUAAGCCAAUAUUAUGCCCUAGAAGCCAUAAAGCAUAGAUCAAAAAAGGUUCUGAACAUCCUACUACAACAUGGAUGGAAUAUUAACCAACCAACAAGUGAACUGAGGCCUCCUGCGCUCGGCUAUGCCGUGGACGACGAUGAGAUAGCCCUUUGGCUUCUUGAUCACGGAGCCGACCCAAACAAGCAGUGUUCUAUUGAUCUUACCCCAUUGUCCUACGCAGUAGAACAAGCUUCCCUCCUCACCGUCAAGCUGUUUCUGGACCGUGGAGGAGACAUUCACAAAGGGCAAUUGCUUCACCAUGCUGUUGAGCGUCAAACGAAUACCAUCGACGUGCUGGGAAUGCUUCUAGAGAGAGGUUUUCCUUUGAAUGCAAAGAUGUACGAGCGACACUAUCCUUCGUGGAGACUAUUCUACUUUAUGGGUUUGGGAACCGCUUUACACAAAGCAGCCGAGUUGGGGAAAGCGGAUGUUGUACGCUAUCUACUUGAACAAGGUGCGGACGUCGGUAUCAAAGAUGCUACGAACCGAACUGCGAUGGACUGGGCUGUAUUGAACAACCAUCAAGAGGUUGUGGGACUACUUCAGUCUGUGGAGAGAGGACAUCGCCUAUGA